ACCGCACCGCCGGCCGGCGGGAAGGGGAUGAGCGGCGGACACCGCGCUCCGGCACCUCCCCGCGCCGCCCCCGAGGGCACCUGGAGCCGCCGCCCGCCCGCCCAGGGCUGCCCCAGCGCCGCGCUGAGCUGAGCCGAGCCGUCCCCAGCGUCGGUGCGAGAAGCUGAGAGCCGGCCCCGCGCCCAUCGGCUCCGCGCUGCUCCACGCUCGGGCCGCCCCGAUCCCCCCUCGCGCUGGGCGGCGGAGCGCCGCGGGCAGAGCAGCGGCAGGAAGAGGCAGCCCCGGCUCCCCCGCUGCAGUCGAUCGCUGCCGGACGGCACCCCGCUUCGGCGCCUCUUUAGGACUUUCUUUUUUCCCCUUUUUUAACCAAAACACACCACUUUUUCCUUUCCCUUUUUUUUUUUCUUACUUCCUCACUUGAAGUUUUGUUCUCACGCUGAACUAUCCCUCCCCUCCCUUACUCUGCCUUUCCGGACCCGCUCCAGCCUCCGGUCGACUCCCCAGCAGCACCGUGGGCAUCAUGUCCUUCGACCCCACCAUCAUGCCACCUGCGAACGGCUCCGCCAACGGGACCGCCACUGGGGCGGAGGGUGGGAAGCCCCCCACCAUCCCCACCGUCAUGUUCAUCUUCGGCGUGGUGGGCAACCUCAUAGCCAUCGUGGUGCUCUGCAAGUCCAGGAAGGAGCAGAAGGAGACCACUUUCUACACACUGGUCUGCGGGCUGGCUGUCACCGAUCUCUUAGGGACCUGUCUGGUGAGUCCGGUCACUAUUGCCACUUACCUGCAGAACCGCUGGCCAGGAGGAUCGGCACUGUGUGAGUACAGCUCCUUCAUCCUCCUCUUCUUUGGACUCUCUGGCCUCAGUAUUAUCUGUGCCAUGUCCAUAGAAAGGUACCUGGCCAUCAACCAUGCCUAUUUCUACAACCAUUAUGUAGACAAGAAGCUGGCAGGACUCACGCUCUUUGCCAUCUAUGCCUCCAACGUGCUGUUCUGUGCCCUCCCCAGCAUGGGACUCGGCAAGUCUACCUUGCAGUACCCUUACACUUGGUGUUUCAUAGACUGGCGAGCAAAGGAGGCCACCCAUGCAGCAUAUUCCUACAUGUACGCCGGCUUCAGCUCCUUCCUAAUCAUGGUCACCGUGGUCUGCAACAUCCUGGUGUGCGUGGCCCUCAUCCGCAUGCACCGGCAGUUCAUGCGGCGCACGUCGCUGGGGACAGACACCACCUCCAGCCGUUUAUCUGACUUUCGCAGGCGCCGGAGCUUCCGUCGGAUGGCUGGAGCAGAGAUCCAGAUGGUUAUUCUGCUCAUUGCCACUUCCCUGGUGGUGGUGAUCUGCUCCAUUCCUCUGGUGGUCCGUGUCUUUGUGAAUCAGCUGUACCAGCCAGAAUCAGUGAAGGAUGUGAGGCAGAACCCUGACCUGCAGGCCAUCCGCAUUGCCUCGGUGAACCCCAUUUUAGACCCAUGGAUCUACAUCCUCCUCCGCAAGACCGUGCUCAGCAAAGCCAUUGAGAAGGUGAAGUGCCUCUUCUGCCGCAUCGGAGGCGCUCGGAGGCAGCACUCGGGGGGCAAUUUCAACUGCGUGGAUGGCCGCAGGACCUCCUCCGCCAUGUCAAGUCAGUCGCCCUCCUUCAUCUCCCGUGAGCUGAGGGAGAUCAGCAGCACCUCGCAAACGCUGCUCUAUCCUCCGGAGUUAAGCGAAAGCAGUGUCGGUGGCCGCGUGCUGCUCCCAGGGCCCAGCGCCAGCUUGGCUCAGUCUGACACCACCUCAGUGAGGACACUGCGCAGCUCGGAGACCUCGGACUCCUCACAGGGUCAGGACUCCGAGAGCGUCUUCCUGGUGAACGAAAUAGGGUCUGGUGGCGGGGCCAGCUCUACAGCCAAGGGUGGCCCUCUGCAGGUCACCUUCCCCACAGAGACACUGAAUUUAUCAGAAAAGUGUAUAUAGAUAGCCAUGAAAGGCAUCAACAUUGGGGAUACUUCCCGGUACAUUGGAAAAACUGGUGCAAUAGAGAGGUGUUCUGCCCAUUUGAGGGCAGAGGGGAUCAGCUGUGCUCCAAAGGGCUAUUUUUUUUCUUGCCGUGUGAUGGGUAUAUUUCUUUCAGACUACUGAGGACUGUAUGGAACAGACACUGCACUUGGACUCUGCCAUCAAAAAUGGUACAAGGCAGGUCUAAUGGGACUGGAAACAUGAACUGCCUUCUGGGACACAGGGAGAGCUACUGCACCCCUGGAAAUAGGAAGACCCAUCACUUUUUUUUUUCUUUCUUUCUUUCUUCUUUCCCUUUCCAAAUAUGUUAGAACUGUGUUUUCUCUCCCCAUGGUUGCUCAGCUAUCGAGAGUUUAAGCUUCUGGUACUAGAGCUGGAUGUGAGGCAGCUGCUAGGAACUGGACACAGCUACUCUGAGAGCUGCCUGGGGCAGAAUUUUAAAGUGUCUCACUAAAGCAUGAAAAUGUGAAUUUUUACCAUUGUACAUAUAUCAGGACUGAAAAUAUUUAAAAGUCUAUUCUUCUCUGUGAGAAGGUUUCUUAUUAAUACAAGGUAUAUAGAAAUGAUUGCCAGCCUUCUCUUCCCCCAGUAUUUCCUGCUGAUAAGACAGUCUUGGUUUAGAUUUGUUGUCUAUGCUAGAUUCGCAGCUGAUGAGGUAAUUCUUUAGCUGAGAAUACAUAAGCACUUUCUGAGUGAAAUGGGAAUAUAGGCGCUAUUAAGGGAGAAAAAGAAAACACAUCCUUUCAGUUAAGAAUAUUCCUAUUCAGUAUAUGUACAUACUAAAAAGCCAGAUUUUAUUUAUGUGCUGAGAAUGUUUUCCUGUAUAACACAUCCAUGCCUCUCCGAGUACUUUGGCCCACAGUCUGCACACAUUUAGGCACACACUUCACAUCACCCUUCAGAGUCAUCCCCUUGCUGUCAGGGAGACUCCUUUCAUAUAAAGUUAAGGAUGUACAGAAGUGCUUUCAACAUCAGGGCCUGAAACUUUAAACCCUGGUUAAUAGUCUUAAUACUCACUUUAGUUAAAGCAUCACUGAUGUAGUAAAGGUAUUUUUUCAUAACAUUUAUCAUUUUACUUUAAAUAGUAAAUAGAAUUUUAUGACUGUGUAAUCUGAUACUCCAUCAAAUAAAUGUACAAAACCAUGGAAGCAGAAUCUUCAUUUUAAAGUAUAGGUUAUAUAAAGCCAUAGCUGCGUCUUGAAAAUCAUUUGUUCUUACAGUUUUAAUGGCAAAUACAUCACCAAAACCAGCUGUUAACCACUGAAAAAAGAGUUUUGUGUUUUAUGUUGUAAGGGUUAGAUCUUGUUCCAGAAACACUGUUUAUCAAAGUAAUUCUGUAUAGAUAUUUGGAGGAUGUUUUGUCAAAUACUAAGCAUGUUAUGCUGCUUAAAGUGUUUUCAUGUGAAUGCUAUAUUGUAGUGACAAUCUUGAGCCUUAUGUUGAUAUGUUUAAGCAAUUGUACUGACCGAAGUAAUUUUGGAGAUCACAAUUAAAUGGAAAUGUUCUGCUUGA